AUGUCCAAGACCAUGGCAGAGCAACGACAGUAUCUCCCCAUAUUUUCUGUUAGAGAUGAACUUUUGCAGCUAGUAAGAGAAAACCAGAUGAUAGUGGUGGUUGGCGAGACUGGUUCGGGAAAGACCACUCAACUUACACAGUAUCUUCACGAGGAUGGCUACACUCUAGGCGGUAUUGUAGGUUGUACCCAACCAAGGCGUGUUGCAAAGAGAGUUAGCGAAGAGAUGGAAACAGAGCUGGGAGAUAAAGUGGGUUAUGCCAUUCGUUUUGAAGAUGUUAACGGUCCAAACAUUGUUAUCAAGUACAUGACUGAUGGAGUGCUACUAAGAGAGACCCUCAAAGAUUCUGACUUGGAUAAGUAUCGCGUGGUGGUGAUGGAUGAAGCGCAUGAAAGGUCACUCAACACGGACGUCCUCUUUGGGAUACUGAAAAAGGUUGUGGCUCGGCGUCGUGAUUUCAAGCUGAUAGUCACGUCAGCAACCCUUAAUGCUCAAAAGUUUUCCAAUUUCUUUGGAAGUGCUCCUAUCUUCAACAUUCCUGGAAGGACUUUCCCUGUCAAUAUUAUCUAUUCUAAAACUCCCUGUGAAGACUAUGUCGAAGCCGCUGUUAAACAGGCCAUGGCGAUUCAUGUAGCAAGCCCACCUGGGGACAUUCUCAUAUUCAUGACUAGGCAAGAUGAGAUUGAGGCAGCCUGCUUUUCACUUAAAGAGAGAAUGGAACAGCUCGUCGCAUCCUCCAGCAGAGAAGUCACGAACCUACUGAUUCUACCAUUAUACUCUCAUUUACUAGCUGACUUGCAAGCAAAAAUAUUCCAGAAACCAGAAGAUGGAUCCCGCAAAUGCAUUGUUACGACCAAUAUUGCUGAAACAUCAUUGACAGUCGAUGGAAUCUAUUAUGUGAUUGACACUGGGUACGGAAAAAUGAAGGUUUUAAAUCCUAGAAUGGGUAUGGAUGCUCUUCAGGUUUUCCCCAUAAGUCGUGCCUCCUCUGAUCAGCGUGCAGGAAGAGCUGGAAGGACAGGGCCAGGAACAUGUUACAGGCUGUAUACUCACAGUGCUUAUUUGAAUGAGAUGUUGCCCAGUCCCGUGCCAGAGAUUCAGCGAACGAAUCUUGAUAACUUGCUUGAUUUUGAUUUUAUGGAUCCACCUCCACAAGAGAACAUCCUCAACUCUAUGCACCAGCUUUGGGUGUUGGGGGCUCUUAGCAAUGUUGGAGGCUUAACGGAUCUUGGGUGGAAGAUGGUGGAGUUCCCAUUGGAUCCGCCUCUUGCAAAGAUGUUGUUAAUGGGUGAGCGGCUUGAUUGCAUAAACGAAGUCUUGACGGUUGUGUCAAUGAUUUCAGUACCUUUAGUGUUCUUCAGACCUAAAGAGAAAGCAAAGGAGAGCGACGCCGCGAGGGAGAAGUUUUCUGUGCCGGAAUCCGAUCAUCUAAUGCUGUUGAAUGUAUACUUGCAGUGGAAAGAGCAUGACUAUAGGGGACUGGUGCAAUGA